AUGCCCCCACCUUUGACUGCCACCCAGAUCUCUAUGCACUGGGUCCUUACAGAUCCUCCCGCAGGUGGCACAUGGAAGAAGGAGACAUCACAUAAGAGCAAUGCAGAGUGGCUGGUGGCUACGUGGGCUGCACCGCCUCUAGGUAACUUUGAAGAAGUCCUGAGACAGCAGCCGCUGCAGCAGCGCCAUGAGCGUCUGAACACACCCUGCCAUCGCACCAUCACAUCACCGGCAUUCGAGGUCCAAGGACAAGGACAUACGGACAUACGGCUGACCACUGCUCGGUCCAGGAUGUCUCAAAAUGACAAAGACACUGUUGCUGUUGCUCCUGCCCUGGGGUCCCUGUCUCCGGGACAGCUGCAGUCCCAUCUCAAGAUGGAGCCUAAGACUCUGGGGGCAAUCCAGAUCGUGAUAGCAGCUCUGAUCCUGUGCCUGAGUGUCUCUGUGCUGAAUGUGCAUGAGGUGCACUUCACUGGGGACAUCGCACUUUUCCUCAUCGUCGUGCUACAGGUCACUCUCUCAGGCUCAGUGCUGAUCCACAGUGGGAGGAAACCCACCUUGUUCUGGGUGAAAUGUGUUCUUGUUCUCCACUUGGUCAGUGCUGCCUUUGCCACAGCAGCCCUGGGGCUCAUGUCCAAGCACCUGCCCUACCGCCAGGACUCAUACCACUGUGAGCACUGUCGCCGCCUGGAGCUGCACGCUGUGCAACAUUGUUUCAGGAAAUGCACCGGGCUGAUCGAGCAAAAAUGUAAACUACUCAUCGAUGGGAUCCUGGGCACUUUGGUGAUCUUCUUGGUCUUGGAGCUCCUUAUCUGCAUCACGGUCAUGCUCUUUGGACUGAGUGUGUUGGCUGCUGGGGGGCGCCAGGCUGGCUCCCAACGGCCAGUGUACCCCCAGACACGCCCCCCUCCAGCCCCUGCUGUAUCCACUGCUCCGGCCACACCCCCACAGCGCAGUCCAUCUCAGGUCGCAGUGGUGGUGACUGAAGCGGACUCGGAGCAGGUGGAGGAUCUGUCCACUCCUCCCACUGAGCCCCAGGUGGAGCCUAUCGAGGUCAUCACUCCUGAGCCCUGAGCAGUGUCUAUGGAAGAACAUCUGUCUCACAGGAUU